AUGGCUCAAUUCGACCCAAACCUUCACCUUCGGUCGCUCGAGGAGCUCCACGCUGUCAUCCUUCCUAGACAGAACGGCUGCCUCAAGUGCGAGGACAAGGCCCCUUCCUGCCCUACCAACUGCAAAAGCGACGAGUAUUGCUCAUUCACCAUUCCGACAUGUAGCCAGUGUGCCCAGGCAAUCUGCGUCAAGGACGACAGCAGCACAACGACAAAGUCAAGCAGCGGCCCGAACACAGGCGCCAUCGUCGGCGGUGUCAUCGGUGGCUUAGCAUUCAUCGCAAUUGCCACCUACCUGGUAUGGAGGUUCUUCAUCAAGACUAAGCGCCAGUCCAUUAUCCAAGAAUCGUACAUCGAGGACGUCCACGAGAAGACCAUCAACGAGAAGCUCGAGCCGCCUCGCGCAACCAACCGCGACUCAACACACACCGUCCACUCGAUUGCGUCCACAGUACUGACUCGAGCUUCCAACAUAAUCCAAAUCGCCUACAUUCCCGGCGUUACGAACCGAGCGACGCCCACUUCUCCGACUCUCCUCGUCCCUCCCGUGCCACCUAUCCCGAUGCACGCAUCGAACUCCGCCGCCAGCAGCCCAUCCUUCCACGAGGAGCCUCACUUCUUCGUCCCCGGCGAACUGCGCGACUCUACCUACUCUGGCAUCUCCGGCUACUCUGACCGAACCUCCGUUGCGAGGACCUCGUACGCUCCCCGUUCCAGCAUCGCUCCCAGUAUUGCGUCGACCAUCUACGGCAAGAACGCUGUUGUCGUGGCACCCGCUCAGACAGGCAUGCGCGCCAAGGCUGCUGUAGUCAGUGUCAAGUCUUUGGGUGUGGGCACGAGCGGCAGCAGCACUCCUCCUGUUCCUAGCGUCGACUACGAAAAGUACAACGGCCGCCCCAGAAGCCGUGACAGCACCUUCAGCGUCGGAUCUACCUUCCUGAACAACGCAACCACCGCGGCCGCAGCCCCCGUCCAGAGAGUACAGGUUGUCCGCGUCGGAAGCGGCAACGGGCCCAAGCAAGUCAGCGUCGGCUCCAAGGCAUCAUCAUCAGACCUGUCUGUGCCUGGCACUCCUCCACCACCGACCUCCGCCGGUCGCGACUCAACUGCCGUGACAGUUAUCGAGGAGGUGGAGAGCCCGACAGGAGCCGAGGGCCCCUUCUCCGACCCCCCUGAGCAACCCAAGUCCGCCCGCAGCAACCACAGCCUCAGUGCAGUCAUUGAGGAGGCGACAAGGCGGGCUGCCGCAGGCCCCGACAGACGGUCAGCAAGGACAAGCUCGUACGAGCGGGGUCGCAGUCCCUUUGGCGAUGAACACGCCACCAAGGACAACUAA